GGGAGCGUGCUCAUCCUCCCACUUCCGGUCGGCCAGGCGGCUUCUUCCGCCCCACGAGUGUUCUGCUCGAGUCGCCAGAUAAGCGACCGCCGCUCGGGGAGGGAAGGUGCUGGCGCGCGGAGUCCGAGGCCAGCCCGCGAGGACGUCGCCAUGCCUAAAGCACCAAAGGGAAAGAAUGUGGGACAGGAAAAAAAAGUCAUCCAUCCAUAUAGUAGAAAAGCAGCUCAGAUUACGAGAGAGGCCCACAGGCAAGACAAAAAGGAAAAAUUGAAAAAUGAAAAGGCACUGCGUCUCAACCUUAUUGGUGAAAAACUGCAGUGGUUUCAAAAUCAUCUCGAUCCCCAAAAAGUACGAUAUUCAAAGAGAGCCGCUUGCAACUUAAUUGAAAGGUAUCUGAGUCGGUUCAACGACGAGCUGGAGCAGAUAGAGCUGCAUAAUGACGUCAGGGCCAGGCAGGGGAGGCGGCAUUGCGCGCGAGAGGCGGCCAUCAGGCAGACGGUGCAGCGCGAGCGACAGCAAUUCCAGGGCUAUGGCUUCGAGAUUCCAGACAUCUUAAAUGCAAGUAAUCUGAAGAUUUUCAGGGAAUGGGAUUUUGAUCUGAAGAAGUUGCCAAAUAUUAAAAUGAGGAAGAUUUGUGCUAAUGAUGCAGUGCCUAAGAAGUGCAAGCGGAGAACGGAUCCAGCCAUAGACAGAGACUUGGGGGAGCUGGAACUGAAAGAUGAGUCCAGUGACAGUGACACGGACCAGGAGAUGACCGCAGUGGAGUGAUUGUCCUUCCUUAAGCUGCAGAUGAUUGGAGAACCUCAUGUUACACUUGAAUCGAUUAUGGAAAAUAGUUGUCUAGAUACAAGAAUUCCUUAUUAGCUCAUUCUCUUAAAUGACAAGAAUCCGUUUGCAGUUUCAAAAACAGUAUUAUGAUUUUUACUUAAAAAUGAGCAUUGCUUUUCUUAUACAUUAGGAUGUUGGACUAGGUAGGAGUGAUCUCUCUGAAUCUCUGAGCUGGAUGAACAGUAUGAAUGACAAACGUGUUGUACUUUUCCCCUCACAUUUGCUUGGAAUAACCUAAUCUCACACUUAGGGCCUGGCAGCAGCUACUGAAGGUUACUGUGGAUACCUCUUGAGCAGUGGUGAUGGCAGAAUUGCCUUUUAGUAGUGAGGUUUCAUUAUUCUUCCUCUUACAUUAAUCUGUUUUCUUUCCUUGUGAAGGGGAAUAUGUGAUAUAGAAUUUAUAUACACAUAUGGGUUGUACAUUGCUUUUAUUUAUUGCCUUUGAGCCAGAGUUAGUUAAAUGGUUAAAAACAAAAUAAAACAGGAGUCCUUGUUAUGUAGAGCUCCUGUGCUUAAACUGUUAUCUUGAUAAAGGGGAUAAAUGGUUUCAGGUUAGCUCUUUUGAUUUCUAUAUUAUUUUUUCUUUCUCAUUGUGAAAAAUGAUAGGUUGUUUUUUGUGGAAACAGCAAGAUUAUAGAAAAGUAGUUAUUUCAGUUGUGUUAUUUUUUUCUUCUAAAAGAUAAAUUAAAUUGACAUAUAGCUCAGUAUUUCCAGUAUCAUGAAAAAACAUGAAUGUGCAGAAUGUUCCUCACAGAACUUGAGAAAUGCAAGUAUCUUUUAGUCUUUUUAUAAAGAAUGCAAUGGAAGUGUAUUUGAGUAUUUUCAAGGAAAAAAAAGUUUUAUGAGGUAACUGAGUAUCACUAAGCCUUACUAACAGUUUUUUACUUCAGAAAAUUAAAAAUAAAACAUUUCUAUAAUUUCA